AUGUUGCUCCUUCUAGUGUUUCUGGCGAAGAAAAUAGUGACUCUGACCUGCCCUGCAAGUGAUGCUUUCCGUGUUCCACAUGAAUGGUACCAACCUGGUGACCUCAUCAUUGGUGGGAUAGUGUCCCACACUUAUUACAACCUUCAUGAAAUUAAGUUUAAGGAAUAUCCUUAUAAAACAUCUUAUGACACACCAAAUGUAAUAAUCAAAUUCUACCAGCACAUCCUUGCCUUGGUUUUUGCUGUGAAGGAGAUCAAUGAGGACUCCAGGAUCUUACCUAAUGUCACACUUGGGUUCCACAUCUAUGACAGUUACUGCAAUUCAAGGAUGACCUAUCGCACCACUCUGGAUCUGCUUUUUAAAUCCCAGGAAUUUGUCCCUAACUACAAGUGUGAUAGCAAGAAGAAUCUCAUGGCUAUCAUUGGAGGAUUGGAUUUUGUCACAUCAUUUUAUAUAGCUGAAAUUACAGGUUUCUUCAAGAUUACACAAAAAAUGGGGCCUUUACUUUCAGAAAACGGAAUCUGCACAGCGUUUAUGGAAAGCCUUGAUCAACAAGUCCACUUGGAAAGAUUACCAGAAUUGUAUCAAACAAUCUCCAUUAUUUCCUUUAAUAUGAUGAAUAGCAAAGCCAAUGUGUUUCUUGUCUAUGGAGAAGCCGGGACCAUUAUAUGGCUAAGAUUUAUAACAUUUCUGGUAGAUCCUGAAAGCAAGGAAACUGCAUUAUUAAGAAAGGUGUGGAUCAUGACUGCACAAAUUGAUUUUGUAUUACCAGGCACUCAUAUCAGAUGGGAUCUGAAGAUGUACAAUGGGGCUCUUUCCUUCACUGUUCACUCAAUAGAAGUUGUAGGUUUCAAGGAAUUUCUUCAGACCACAAAUCUUCUUUCAGACUACAGAGAUGGGUUUUGGCAGAAUGUUUGGGAACAAUCAUUUGAUUGUUCCUUUCCAAAACCAGAAUUACAAGAAACAGACAGUAGACUGUGCACUGAGGAGAUGAAGCUGGAGGAUCUUCCUGGGACUGUGUUUGAAAUGGAAAUGACUGGGCACAGCUACAGUGUCUACAAUGCUGUUUAUGCUGUGGCUCAUGCUUUGCAGGCUCUACACAUGUUGGGUUUCAAUAGGAAGAAAACUAUGAUGGGUAAAAAGACUGAUCUUCCACAUCUGCAGGCUUGGCAGCUCCAUUCAUUUCUUCAAGGCAUUUCUUUCAACAAUUCAGCUGGGGAGAGAGUGUUCCUGAAUGAGAAAGGAGAAGCAACAGGUGGAUUUGACAUCACCAACUUGAUCACUUUUUCAAAUAGAUCCCUUCAGAGAGUUAGAGUUGGAAAGCUGGAUCUACAGGCUCCGAAAGGAAAGGAAUUAUUCAUUGAUGAAGCUGUGAUUUUCUGGAACCCAAAUUUUAACCAGGUUCCUCCACUUUCUCGAUGCAAUGACCCUUGUUUCCCUGGAUCCUGGAAGAAAGGGAUUGAGGGGGAUCAGUUCUGCUGCUAUGACUGCGUUCCCUGCCCAGAAGGGAAGAUUUCAAAUCAAAAUGAUAUGGAAGAUUGCUUUGAAUGUUCAGAAGAUCAUUAUCCAAAUAAAGAACAGAAAGGUUGUAUCCUGAAAUUUCUGGUCUUUCUAACUUUUAAAGAAGCCUUAGGAACUGGUUUAUCGUCAGCAGCUCUUGGUUUCUUCUUCUUGACAUCUUGGAUACUUGGAACUUUUAUUAAGCACAGAGAUACUCCCAUUGUCAAAGCCAAUAAUCGGUCCCUCACCUACAUCCUGCUUGUCUCUCUUCAGUUCUGUUUUCUCUCCUCUUUGCUCUUUCUCAGCCAACCUGGCAAAGUGACCUGCCUUCUCCGACAAUCAACUUUUGGCAUCACCUUCUCGGUGGCCAUUUCUAGUGUACUGGCCAAAACCAUCACUGUGGUUGUGGCUUUCAUGGCCACUAAACCAGGAUCUCAGAUUAGGAAAUGGGUGGGGAAGAGAUUGGCCUUUUCUAUUGUCCUUUCUUGCUCUCUCAUCCAAGCAGGUAUUUGUAUUCUUUGGUUGUCAACAUCACCUCCAUUCCCUGAGUUGGACAUGCACUCAGAGCUCCAAGAAAUGAUUUUACAAUGCAAUGAGGGGUCAGUUUUCUUCUUUUAUUGUGUCUUGGGCUACAUGGGCAUCUUGGCCAUUGCUAGCUUUAUUGUGGCUUUUCUUGCCCGCAAAUUACCUGACAGCUUUAAUGAAGCCAAGUUCAUCACCUUCAGCAUGUUGGCCUUUUGCAGUGUGUGGAUCUCCUUCUUUCCAGCCUAUCUGAGCACAAAAGGCAAAGCCACAGUAGCUGUGGAGGUCUUCUCCAUCUUGUCCUCCAGUGCUGCAUUACUGGGAUGCAUAUUCCUCCCAAAAUGCUACAUCAUUGUUUUCCGGCCUGACCUGAACCACAGGGACCAACUCACAAAGAGAAAUUAG